AGGCUUGUAACGCUAAUAACGGAAGUAGGGUGUUCUGUUCUUCUUCAAGCCGAUGGUCAGACGAGGCUUGAAACGCAAUACCCGGAAGUGGAAGCAAUCGGAACCUCCUGUAAAUACAGAGUAGUGAGCGGGUCUGAGAGGGAUCCCCAGGUGUGAGAGUCGUCACUUCCACAGGGACCAAAUGGGAAUCUCCCAGGAACCCACUGAGCCAGUGAUGGGGAACCAGGAUCCAGAUAAGCUGCAUGAGACAAUCCUGACUCUCACACUGGAGAUUAUCUACCUGCUGACUGGAGAGGGAUACAGUGUUACAAAGAAGUCAGGUGAUGACAUGCCCCUCCCACAGAGCUGCACUGACUGUAUGUUGGGAGGAGCCUGCAGGCACCAUGUGACCAGCCCAACGGUGGCCCCUCCCCCUGGCUCCGUCAUACAGAAGGAAAAUGCCAAGAAGAUCCUGGAACUGAUGUCCAACAUCAUCCAGCUGCUGACUGGAGAGGUUGCCAUAAGGUGUGAGGACGUCUCCCUCUUAUUUCUCCUUGGGAGAGUGGCAGUAUUUAAAGGGGAACAAGACCCGUUACAGGGAAGUGAUAAAGGAGAACUGGGAGCAGCUCCGCCCACUGGGUUGUGAAUGGGAUGUGGGGGCAGAUGUGCGCAAUGCAAAUAAACCAGACAAGACUGAGGCAGAAGAAGCAGAUUCCUGGGGAGAAGGAAACCCCCCAAACCCUGACAUUUCCCCAACUGAUCCCCAAACACUGACCAACUGUAUCUCUCAUGGGAUUAAGGAGGAAUCAUGGGAAGAGGAAGAACAUUGUGAGUGGAACACUGAUCCCCCUACAGAACAGAUCCAGGGCACAGACCCCCCUACUGACACUGUGGGCUCCCACCUGAAUAUCAGCCAAUCAGAUAAUGAUAGUGAUAUUAAAGGAGCCCUUUAUUCCUGGGGAGAAGGAAACCCCCCAACCCUGACAUUUCCCCAACUGAUCCCCAAACCCUGACCAACUGUAUCUCUCAUGGAAUUAAGGAGGAAUCGGCUUCAUGUGAGGAAGGAGGAGACUUAGGCAGCAGCAGGAAUCCCCCUACAGAACAGUUCCAGGGCACAGACCCACCUACUGACACAGUGGAAGCAAUUGACCAAUCAGGACGUGGUUACGGGGAACAAUUGCUAUGGGAAUUAAGAGAACAUUCUGAUUCAAACGUUAAACGAAUUAAAAAACGAAUAAAGAGAACAAUCCCUCCUGGUGACCUCACGCCUUCCAGUUUAAAUCAAAGCUCCUCAGGUAACUAUGUAUCGCCUGGAAUGAAAGCAGAACCAGUUUCAAGGGAAGAUUCUGAUUGUAGCAUUGUUUUCCCUUUAAUACAGAGACAAGUGAACGAAACAUCUGCUGAUCUAGGAUCCAACGUAAAGGGAGGUUUAUUAGCCAAUUAUAUAUCGGAUGACAUCACAGAGGAGCCAUGUUCUUGGAAUGAAGAUUCCAGCACCAGUAUUGAGCAUCAACCCACUGAUAUCAUAGGCCUAAAGCACGGAGCAGCAGGAUAUCUUAGUAUAAUGAGGGGAGCGGCCUCUCGGGAUAAAAGAGCCCCCCCAAAUACUGACAUUUCUAUAGCUGAUCAUUUACCCGACUGCUUAUCAAAUUGCAGUAAUGGAGAAGCGUCUCCUUGGGAAAUAGAAGGAGAACCCUCGGAUUUUAACUCCAAUACACGUACGGAACAGCCGCGUGGAACAGAGCCGUCUGCUGAUACCAUGGGAACCAGCCUGACUGACAGUUUGCUGGCGGAGAAUUGCACCGAAUAUAAUAAAGUGAUUGAAAGCGCGUCCCCGAUGCAGGCGGAGGUGCAAAGCUUCACUUGUUACGAAUGUGGGAAAUGCUUUGUGAGCCAGAGGGAUCUAUUCAAGCACCUGAGGAUCCACACGGGAAAGAAGACGUUUUUGUGCAGCAAAUGUGGAAUGUGCUUUGUGCAUCAGAUCGAUCUUCACCGACACAUGAAGAGCCACAAGGGGGACAGGCCAUUUUCCUGUUCUGUAUGUCGGAAGCGAUUCCAUUCCCAGAGCGACUGCAAUAGGCACCGCAUAAUCCACACGGGGGAGAAACCAUUCGCUUGUUCUGAAUGUGGCCGACGCUUUGGGUUUCUGAGCAGCCUUCGUAGGCAUUUCAGCCUUCACAUGAGGAAGGAGCAGUUCUCCUGUGUUCACUGCGGAGAGAACUUUGUGCUUCAGACUCAUCUUAACAACCAUUUAAGGAUUCACGUCACAAAGAAAUCUUGUUCCGAAUGUGGCAAAUGCUUCGCUCGUGAGAUCGGUCUUAACAGACACAGUACGACCCACGCGGGACGGAAGCAGUUAUCUUGUUCCGACUGUGGGAAAGACUUUGGCUUUGAGAGCGACCUUCACAGACACCUUAGAACUCACAAAGAAAAGAAAGCCUUGUCUUGCCCUGAGUGUGGGAGGGGCUUUGAGUGUGAGCGUGACCUUAGCAGACAUUUAAGAAUUCACGAUGAGAAGAAGCCGCUUUCUUGUUCUCACUGCGGGAAGAAUUUUCAAUGCCAGUCGGAACUGAAGAGGCAUUUUAGAAUUCACACCGGAGAGAAACCAUUUUCUUGUUCGAAAUGUGGGCGGUGCUUUGGGUUCCUGAGUAGCCUUCGCCGACACUGUAGAACUCACUUUAAAAAAGCGGUUGCCAUUUGAAUAAGAGACUCGAUGCCCUGGGACUUUGUUAGACAGUGAAUGUUGCGUGCAACAGUGGCGGCACCCAAGUAGAAGAGGGCUCCUCCGAUGCCAACAGUGGUUGCUAGAGCCGGAAGAGUGAGCCGGGACCUUGGAGUUUGCUCAGGGUAUUGGACUCCACUCAUAACACUUUGCUUGUGGGACUACAGGGCUGUGAUUGGCUGUCCCUCAAUGGCAGGGACUGUUAGGAUACACCCACCUUUCUUUGAAACAGGGACUAAAGAAAAUCUAUAGGGAGCUCCCAUCAAGGGGCCAUUUUUGAAGAUGUUAAUUUACAAACAAAAGUAAACCUCAGCCCCAAAUAUUAUACAUGAUUGCCUACAAAAUAAGGGGGGGUUUCAUUUAUCCAAUAUGUCUCCUUUAAUAUCUUUAAAGGGGACCCGUCACCCAAAAAAAUUAUUCAAAAACCUAUUUUAUCACAUUAGUCGAGCAAAAUGAACUUUAAUUACACUGUAUA